AUGGCCUUGAUCAAGAAAGACGGGCCGCAGCUAUCCUCGGAGGAGAAGGCCCACCUGACGGCCAGGGUUGGGCAGGUGUAUUUCUUUGAAGGUCAUGACGUGCCAAUCAUGGAAGCGCUGGCUGGCCUCGACGACGUUGCAAACGGGCGCAGCAGCAAACGCAAAAUGGGCCAAGACUACCGCCCUUUCCUUGCACACAUUUCCAGGGCUGGCUGGAGCAGGCUUCUGGGAGAUGAAGUGCCUGCACACGCGGCGCUCAACAUUCUCGUUCAACGCAUCAUUCGCCUAGGCGGGAUCAACCCGUGCGAAUACAGCAUGAAAUUGGUGACUUCGACGUGGAUGUUCAUUACAGAUGAGAACGUGGACCAGCUGAAUUACUGGGCCAAGAAGAAGAACCUGGAGCAUGUGAAACGAGAAUUUCGACGACAAGCGGAUAAGGCGCCAGCGCCGCCCGUCUUCAUUCAAGAUCUUCCAGGAUCUCCAGCCGAGUUGCUGACCAAGUUCCCGCAGAUAUACCACCUGGCUUUCACAGCUGAGGACGUGCCAUCAGCGUCCCCGCUGGACUUGAGGAAGCUCCGAGAGCUCGACGACUCCUACACAUGCCGCGGGGGGAAGACUCCUCAACGCGGCGCGGAUAGCUCUGGAGCCAUUUGCACCUGUGACAGCGACACCAGCAGCAGCAUGGAGCGGCUCAUGAUGCAGCAGAUGCAGCAGAUGAACUUCCUGGCGCAGCUUGCAGCACGUGCGAUCGGCACCGAGCACUUGCAGCGGGCAGCGGCUUUCAAGAAGUGCAUGGGGCAGCGGCAGGCGAUUCAGCAGCCGAGGCGCCAGCGGCAGCAGCACGCCCUCCACCUGUCGAAGUACUGGCUUUGCUGCCGCCCCGCGCUGCAGAGCAAGCAGAUGGCCAAGCAGGGCAGUCUCAACCGGCUGCCGCACCAGCAGGCGUGCAACAACUAUGUGACGGCAUCUCUUUGUGCGAACGUGCAGCACGCGAUGGAUGUGAUGCAGCGGAAGCGGGAUGACGCGAAGCAGAGGGCGGCGAUGAAGAGACCUGCCGCUGCAACGCCUCCAAUCGCCAGUGGAGGCGAUGCCGACGAGGCCUACGUCGAGGACGGCGAUGAGGCUCCAGCCACGACCACCCCCCCCAUGAAGAGGGCCAAGCCUGCAAACAAUAGCCCCGAACAACACAGUGCAAAAGGAGAACCACGAGUCGCCUUGAAAGCUGGCAAGGCGACGCAGACGCUCGCCAAAAUAUCAGUCGAAGAUUUCGUCGGGUGGAGCUCGAGCGACAAAGGUCGCACCAAAAAUGCUUUCGCCUCGGCGGCGUACGGCAAGGCUAAGACUCGGGCUCUUGGUGCCAAGUGGCCCAAGGAGAACGCGCUAGACCUGGCGCGCCAGACCUACAGGCGCGCCUCGGCAGUCUACGACGCCAACUGCACAGCCU